AUGUCUCAAGGCGCAGACAAGAAAGCAGAGGUCGAGCAUGUGCCACAAGCUGAAGCCUUCGAAACAGCUGGUAACUGGACCAACCUCGCUGAAGAUGCUCGCAACGCAACACAGGAAGAACAUAGCUUGACGUUUCUCAAGGCCGUCAAGAUGUACCCGCAAGCAUGCAUGUGGUCUAUGAUUGUCUCAAUCGUUGUCAUUAUGGAUGGAUACGACACGGCUCUCAUCGGCAAUCUUUUCGGGUAUCCCGCUUUUCAACAGCAAUUUGGUCAUCCCCAAGGACAGGGGAAAUAUCAGUUAGAGGCAAAGUGGCAGACUGCUUUAGGACUGGCGAGCCCUCUAGGUAAUAUCGUUGGCAUUUAUCUCAACGGUCUUAUCACUGAGUGGCUUGGUCACAAGAAAGCUGUUCUGGGAACUCUUGUGUUUCUUACUGGUGUUCUAUUUAUUCCCUUCUUUUCAAAGACCAUUGAGGUGCUUUUCGCCGGGGAAUUGUUGUGUGGUUUGGCAUGGGGUGUUUUCACCACUUUGGCCCCCGCAUAUGCCUCAGAAGUCGCCCCAGUAGCCCUUCGCGCAUACCUCGAGACUUUCGUUGUCCUUUGCUGGGGAAUCGGCCAGUUCGUUUCAUACGGUGUUCUCUACGGCUUGGUAAAUCGCACCGAUGAGUGGUCUUGGCGAAUCCCGCUUGCCAUCCAGUGGGUUUGGCCUGUUAUCGUUAUUCCUCUGCUUCUGUUUGCACCUGAGUCUCCCUGGUGGCUCGUUCGCAAAGGUCGUAUCGACAAAGCGGAGCAGUCUAUGAAACGACUUUCCUCCAAGAAAACGCAAACUAGUAAGCAGUCUAUUGCUUUGAUGGUUCAAACUACCAACCUGGAGAUGGCCAUGACGGAAGGGGCCUCAUACAGGGACUGCUUUCGCGGAACAAACAUAUGGCGUACCGAAAUCGGAUGCGUCGUUUGGGCGUCCCAGGUUCUCUGUGGUUUUGCCAUAGCUAAUUACUCGUCCUACUUUUACGAGCAAGCUGGGUUGGCCGCAGCAAACGCUUACAAAAUGACCAUUGGACAAGGAGGAAUUCAUUUCUUGUGCACUCUACUCUCAGUAUUUGUGACUGCACGAUUUGGUCGACGUGGAAUCAUGCUUUGCGGAUAUGCGGGCAUGUCUUGUGCUAUGUUUAUUCUUGGAUUUCUAGCACUUGCUCGCCAAACCACGGGCCUGGGCUAUGGCCAGGCUAUUAUGUAUCUUGUCUGGUACGUCAUCUACCAGUUGACUGUUGGUCCAACUGCCUACAUUAUUGUUGGCGAGAUAUCUUCCACCCGCCUUCGGUCUAAAAGUAUCUCCCUGGCUCGUAACGCAUACAAUGUUGCAAAUGUGUUUAGCGCCACUGUGGCUCCCUAUACUCUGAAUCCUACUGCGGGAAAUCUGAAGGGCAAGACUGCCUUUCUGGCUGCCGGUUUCUCGCUCCUUUGUUUGCUGUGGGGUUACUUUCGCCUCCCCGAAAGCAAAGAUAGGACGUACGAGGAAUUGGAUCUAUUGUUUUCACAGAAUCUGAAGGCUCGUGAAUUCAAAGAUGCGUCUGCCGACAGCAUGGAUACAUCUGAAUUUACCAAACAAUAUUAA